AUGGAAAAUCACUCUUUCGAUGUCAUUGUGGUAGGUGGCGGCAAUGCAGCACUGGUCGCCGCCCUCUCGGCUCAUGAAAGCGGCGCCAAAGUAGCUGUUCUCGAAGCAGCCACGCGCCAAGAGAGAGGAGGAAACAGCCGAUUUGCAGGUGCCAUCUUUCGCUGCCCCCACGGGGGUAUGGAAGAUCUUGGACCCCUUUUAUGCGAAUCGGCACAGGAGGUGGCUAAAAGAUGUACGGUGGGGCCUUACACGGCGGAGAAAUUCACGGAGGAUAUGAUGAACACGUCGCAUGGCCGGGCCGAUCGAGAGCAGAUGCAGGUCGUGAUUGACAAAGGAUAUGAGACCCUCGUUUGGAUGAAAGAACAAGGGGUCCAGUGGCAGUUGACACUGAAUAAAUUCUUCGACACAAAGAUUCAAACUGGCGUGAUUGAUCUGCCACCAGGCGGAGCUUUGAUGGCGAGGCAUGAGGGUGUUGGCCUCACAGAUGAUCUUUGGGCAGCUGUGGAGAAAACAUCGAUCACAGUGUUCUACGAUUGCCCUGCGCACGACUUGAUCACUGCGGGUAGUACCGUGCAAGGGGUCAAGACCCGACAGACCGACUUCUUCAUCGACUUCUACGGCCAAGUUAUCCUCGCUUGUGGCGGAUUUGAAGCCAGCCCAAGGCUGCGGAGACAGUUCUUGGGAGAAGGCUGGGAUCUUGUCGUUGUGCGAGGGUCCCGUUAUAAUACUGGAACGAUGCUGGAGAAGGCCAUUGCGGCCGGUGCCCAGGCCUGUGGCCACUGGGGCGGAUGUCACGCCUCGCCCCAAGAUCUGAGGGCGCCUCGUGUUGGAGAUCUCUCAAUCACGGAUAAAAUGUCGCGGUACUCCUACCCGUACUCCAUCAUGGUCAAUCUCGAGGGAAAAAGAUUCAUGGAUGAGGGGGAGGACCACUUCGGUUUGACUUACGCGAAAACUGGCGCGGCCAUUGGGAGUCAACCGCAGGCUACCGCUUACCAGAUCUUCGAUCAAAAAACCCUUCAUCUGCUGGAACCUCGCUACUCAACCGCAACUCCGAUUCAAGACGACACCCUUGAUGGCCUGGCACUAAAGCUGGGCAUCAAUCCCACUAUCUUCGUCAAUACGGUAAAGCAGUUCAACGCAGCGGCUCCUCCAACCGCCGUAUUCAACCCAUUCCUGAAAGAUGGAAACUCGACUGGUCAUAAACUGGACAUUCCGAAAUCAAAUUGGGCCUUGCCGAUCACAGAUGGCCCAUUUGUUGCUUACGGAGUUACUUGUGGGAUCACAUUCACAUAUGGAGGAAUCAAGACCGAUACGACUGGGCGAGUCCUAAGCAAUGAAGGGUCGCCCAUGCCAGGUCUAUGGAGCGCCGGCGAAAUGACAGGUGGUUUCUUUUAUCACAACUAUCCUGGGGGUGCUGGCUUGACCAAAGGCGCGGUUUUCGGGCGAAUCGCUGGCCAGGCUGCUGCUCAGCGCGCGAAGAGUGUCUCCUUGUUGUAG